GUGGAAAUAGGAAAAAUGGAGUGCAGUACUAAAACAAAAAACACCCACAGUCACACUUAUCACACGGACACGGCAAAUCGCAUACAUAGUAAAAGAAAAAAGAAUAUUAAUAAUUAUUAUUAUGUUGUUGUUGUACUACGAUAUACAUGUCCAAUCCGAAUCUCAAAGCUUUCAAAUUUCUCAUUCACACAAAAAAACCCAACAAAGAAGCUCAAAGAUCUCUUCGAUUUAAACAAGACCAUUAACACUUUUUUUAUAGUACUACAUACUUACUUAGUAAUAUAAUCACAAAAUAGAAAGAAAAAGAAAAAAGAAAAAAAAGACUUUGCUUUCUAUGCCUUUUGACCGAAACGAGGACAAAGAAUCACUUGGUUCACUCACAGGACGCACGCUUUGUUUUUUGUUUUUUAAUUACUGGGUUGGUGCGCUUGAUGUGAAUAAAGGAGCUCUUGGAGCUUUCACAGAGCUGGGUUUGAGCUGGUGGAUUGGAAUUCUGUGAAGCUUAAGUUCACACUAAAGUUGACUUUGAAGGCUUCAAUAGCAGUUUAAAGGUUAAAUUCUGGAAUUGGGAUGGGCUGUGGGUGUUCCAAGUUCAAGUUCUCGGUGUGUUGUCUGCGUUCGGGACAUGAUGGACCAAUGGUUGAGACCCACAGCAUUGAAAAUGAGGAGAAGAGUGAAGUUGGUGAUUUGCCCACAUUUGAUGAAUACACAAUAGAUCAACUUAAAAAUGCUACAUCUGGGUUUGCGGUGGAGAAUAUAGUUUCUGAGCAUGGUGAAAAGGCUCCAAAUGUAGUUUACAAAGGGAAGCUUGAAAGUCAAAUGCGUAUUGCUGUCAAACGAUUCAAUAGAUCAGCUUGGCCUGAUGCCCGGCAAUUUUUGGAAGAAGCUAGGGCUGUUGGUCAGCUUCGGAACCAUAGACUGGUAAAUUUACUUGGUUGUUGCUGUGACGGUGAUGAGAGGUUACUUGUUGCAGAAUAUAUGCCUAAUGAUACAUUAGCAAAGCACUUAUUUCAUUGGGAAGCACAACCUAUGAAAUGGGUGAUGCGAUUAAGGGUGGCUUUACAUCUUGCACAAGCUUUAGAAUAUUGCACCAGCAAAGGACGAGCUCUGUAUCAUGAUCUGAAUGCUUAUAGAGUUGUUUUUGAUGAUGAUGGCAACCCAAGACUUUCAUGCUUUGGUUUGAUGAAAAACAGUAGAGAUGGGAAAAGUUACAGUACCAACCUGGCAUUUACUCCUCCUGAGUAUUUAAGGACAGGAAGAGUUACACCUGAAAGUGUAAUGUACAGCUUUGGCACCCUUUUGCUUGAUCUUCUCAGUGGAAAACAUAUACCUCCAAGUCAUGCACUUGACCUAAUACGAGACAGGAAUAUUCAGAUGCUUACUGAUUCUUGUUUGGAAGGCCAAUUCUCAAAUGACGAAGGGACAGAAUUAGUACGUUUAGCUUCACGAUGUUUACAGUAUGAGCCCCGAGAGCGUCCAAAUCCAAAGUCUUUAGUUGCUGCUUUGAUUCCUCUUCAAAAGGACGUUGAGGUCCCUUCUCAUGUAUUGAUGGGUAUAGCACAUGGUGAAGCUUUGCCUCUAACUCCACUUGUUGAGGCUUGCUUAAGAAUGGAUUUGACUGCCAUACAUGAGAUCUUAGAAAAGAUUGGAUAUAAAGACGAUGAGGGUGCUGCAACUGAGCUCUCAUUCCAAAUGUGGACCAACCAGAUGCAGGAAACAUUGAACUCAAAGAAAAAGGGUGAUGUUGCUUUCCGGCAUAAAGAUCUCAGAGCUGCAAUUGAGUGCUACACCCAGUUCAUUGAUGUUGGAACCAUGGUUUCCCCCACAGUUUUUGCACGCCGUAGCCUAUGUUUUCUUAUGAGCGAUAUGCCACAGGAAGCCCUUAAUGAUGCAGCACAAGCACAAGUAAUAACCCCUAUCUGGCAUAUUGCUUUCUAUUUACAAGCUGCUGCUCUUUUUGCUCUGGGAAGGGAGAAUGAAGCACAAGUAGCUCUCAAAGAGGGUUCUGUACUUGAAAAUAAAAGGCAUGCAGCUUCUUGACAUUUAUGAAGGCUGCAUUUGUUUCUGUUGAAUUGCUCUUUUCCUGAAGAUGAGCAUCAUAGAACAGACACAUGCAUCUCACUUUCUGGACAAAAUGAUCAAAGGUUUUAACACCCUGAAGCAGAUAUUAAAGUCAAAAUGGAGAAAUGGUGCCAAUCAAAUUCUGUGCAUGUCUGGUUCAUUGUUGUCAUCUCGAAGCAUUCUUUUGCAACAUUAUUGGAUCGAUUGGUUUAGUGAGUUUGCUGGGGGUAGAGGGGAUACCUCCCUCAUUAUGUAAUCACAAGCCUGCCUCAUAUGCUCUUUACUGAUUUUUCAAAUACAACAAUCAUGGGCAAUAAUUGAGAUGCUAUGGAAUGAUUUAUAUGUUUGUAAAGGAUCCAACUUUUAUUUUUAAGUUGAAAUCAAAGGGUGAAUAGAAGAUCUUGGCAUGCUUGUAAUUUAUGUACAGUGCAGUUGGUUAUGGCUGCUCAUGUUGACUGAUAAUUCUGUUUUUGUAUUCUAUUACUUGUUUCUUUUUAAUAAAAUUUAUUGCUUUAUGGUGAA